AAAAUCCCAUCUUAGACUCUUCCUAUCUUAAUUUAAGACUUAAGAUAGGAACUUUCUGGCCCCUGAGCUGCUGCUGGAGCUGCUCCUGCCUGCAUGUGUUACCUGGCAACACCAAACAAACUUGGUCUCCUGCAGGACUGUAGGAACUGUUCACCACUGAUGCCUAAAUCAGCUGAUCUAGUUUCUGUUUCCUUUAACUACCUUUAGCUACCUUUAAUUGUAAAAUAUAAUACAAUCAUUUUUUAAAAUGAGCUCUGGGGUUUUAGCGUCAAGGCCACACUAUGACAGCAGAGCUGUGGCUCAGGGUGUCCUGGAGGAAGAGCCUCCUGUGGAGGUCCCGCAGCCGUCCGCAGGCUCAGCCACAGCGGGGUACCGCUCCGCUAAAUACACCCCGGCUGAGUGGUUCUCCAACUACCACACCAUCCUUCGACAGGCCGAUACGGACCACCACGAAGCCCGUAGUAUCCAGCGAGUGUCCAAGAAUCUGUACCAGCACACCCAGGCGGCCACUUUGAAGACCCAGUCCGACGCAACACGUCUUCUGGGAGAGAGGCUGCAAGAGAUCCACUACUGGAAGUCUGAGCUGCAGCGGCACAUCGACCAGCUGCUGGCCGACACGGAGUCACUGCGGGCGCUGAAGACGCGGCUGGAGAAGGCGCUGGACGCCACCGAGACUCCGUACGCCAUUGCCACCGACAAUCUCAACUGCAGGACCAGAAGACUGGGACCGGACCUGAUUAAAGACACUGUGGAGGUGGAACUGUUAAAGGAAGUGGACUUGAUCAGGAGCGUCCAGGCUCUUCUGAAGAGAACUGCAGCUCAGGUUGUCAGUCAGAUCAAGAUGAACAGCGAAGCCAAGCAGACGUUAGAGUCAGACUGGUCUGAUAAGUACCAGGCCUACAACUUUGAUGACCACAGUGGAAGAUACAGUAACAUGAGCCCAGAUACACAGCUCCACCCCAGCUCGGCCAGCAUGCAGGACCAGGUGUGUAACUGCCCAUCGUGGAUAAAGUUUACACAGGACAACCUGUCCAAGGCCUUGCAGGAAGAGCAGACCACCAACAAUCUCAGAAUGCUGGUGGAGAGACUGCUGCAGGACACCACUGAGGAUCUGAGAUUCCAGUGCUCCAUUGUGGACCAAGCCUUCAGUCAGCGCUGUGUGGAGCUGACAGAGGCCAAGACCCAGCUGGAGAUGAAGCUGGCACAGAUCUUGGAGCAGAUUGCAUCCCAGGAGAGGAACAUUGUGGCUCUACAGCAGGCCAUCCACUACAAAGAGGCUCCCCUUAGAGUAGCUCAGUCCAGGCUUUACCUCCGCUCGCUCAGACCCAACAUGGAGCUCUGCAGAGAUGGACCCCAACUCAGUUUGGAAGGGGAGGUGAGGCAGAUCAAUGCCACUCUGGCGUCUCUGCACCAGCGGCUGAGUGAAGCCAGAGGCUCCCUGUCCCACCUGGAGGAGUCCCGCGUUACCAUUGAAAAGGACAUAAACUGUAAAACCCACUCGCUGUUCAUUGACAGAGACAAGUGCAUGACUCACCGUAAACGAUACCCUGCGAUCUCCACGCUGUCAGGAUACUGAAGACGACGGUGAUGAAUGUUUCUGUGGGAUUUGCUUUGUUUUGCUAUUUUGAGUUCAAAAUCCUGGAUUUUUUUGUCUUUUUGUUGUGCUGUGUUGUAAUGACCAAUGAGGUGUUGUGUGAUCAAGAAAACCUGAAAACUCUGUAGUAAAGAACCUAUUUAAUUGUAUUUUUAACUCAUCAUAGUUAAAAACGGACAGGUCACUGACAAUGUGGGGCAGCUGUGGCUCAGGAGGUCAUUCACUUAUCACAGAGUUGGCGAUCGAUCCCCACCUCCUUCUGUCAGCACCUUAUGUGAUAGCUCGCUGCCAUCAGUCUGUGUGUUGUAUGUGUGUAAAAGGGUGAAUGAGCGGGAAAAAAUCUUGUGAAACAUUUUGGAUAAAAGCAGCCAUUUAUCUAAUAGACAAAGUAACAAAAGCCUAUUCUGUAACACUUUACAAUACAGUAAACAAAAUUGUGAGUAGUCAACAAUUUAUCACUUUUUCAUUUGACAUACAUUUCAUCACUUCCAUUAUUAAUUCAUAAGCAUGUUCAUCACAUUACUUUUUGUUUCACCCAACCUCAAGGCCACUUUCCUUAAAUAAUAAUUGGCAAUUAUUUUGUUGUGAAUGAUGAGUAAUGAAUGUAAGACUGGAAUAAUAAUAAAACGUGGCUUUGUUUUCAUCAUAUAACGAUCUGUUUUUAUCAAAUGAGCUUUAAAUUAGUCAAAUCACCUGAUUAUUUAUCACUUCAUUUUCAUACCACAUCCAUUUUUAUCCCUCUGUUUUUCAGUUCACAUGCAUAAUCAUCACCUUCAUCCAUUAUUUUUUGUAAUUUCCACCCCCUGUAGAAUCUUGGUGUAGAGUCUGAACCACACCAGUGUGCCGCAACAUCAUUUGCUUUCAGUUCUGUGAAAGUAAGUGAGAAAGAGUUGGAAACACAAUCUUGCAGCUUUGACUCAUCACCAUGUCGGUACAGCUGCUGCGGUUGUCUCCCUUACAAAGAAACUUCCUGUAAUGCCGCUCAGUUUGUUUGACUUAACACGUUACAGUUAUUAUAGUAUAUAAAAAUGUAUCCAAAUAAAGAAUUACAAAAAUUC